UGCUUCUUUUCGCAACUGAGUUGGCUGUGCCAGUUGUUUACGGGGCGAAGCUCUUCUUUUCGUUCCUCUCUUUUCCCGGUAGUUAUGGGCAGGGGCGCUUAGGAAGCGCCUUCCUGCCUCUCCUCGGGACUCCCGUGCAGUGAUAUGGACCGAGACCAGCCUAUUUCCCCGCCGGCUAACCUCAACGACUUGCCGGACGACUCCCCUCAGGUGAGGGCCGCUGUUGCAGCGCUGAGGUGGAGAGCCGUGGAAGAGAACCUAGAAGUCCGCCAGUCUGACCUUUCUGACGCCUGUCUGAUCCGCUUUUUGCGGUGUCGAGACUUCGACAGCGACCUGGCCUGGAAGGUUUUCAAAAACUACCACAAAUGGAGAAGGGACUGCCCAGAAAUAACUGCAAAUCUACAUCCAUCCUCAAGUCUUAGCUUGUUGCAAACAGGCUACAUUGGAAUUUUGAAAGAGAGGGAUCCAUGUGGUUCUAGAGUUGUCAUUUAUAGAAUUGCACGAUGGGAUCCUAAGAUAUUUACAGCAUAUGAUCUCUUUCGUGUAAGUAUUAUGCUAUCUGAGCUUUUGGCAAGAGAGCCAGACACCCAACGUAAUGGAGUCAAGACUAUCUUGGAUCUCCAAGGAUGGAAAUUUGCUCAUGCAUUUCAGGUCACUCCAGCAGUGACCAAGAAAAUAGCAUUUGCACUCACAGAUGGUUUCCCACUAAAAGUUCGAGGAAUCCACUUGAUUAGAGAGCCUAUAAUUUUUUACCAUGUUUUUAAUCUAAUUAAGCUUUUACUCCCUGAAAAAAUCAAAGCAAGGAUUCAUCUGCAUGGGAAUAACUUUGCACAUGGCCUCCAGAAACAUUUUCCAGUCAGCCUUCUGCCAGAAGAAUUUAAUGGUGAAGCAGGCCCUUUUGAAGAAUUUUCUAAAUAUUUGAUUGACUUUUUAAUGGAAUCUAUAAACUAUCUUCAAAGUAUUUCUCUUUUUUGAUAACCACUGACAUGGAGUAAACUAUAUCUGGGCAGGAGAAAUACUUAUUAACCAGAAUGAGGUACUGAUGAAACUAAUGCUUUAAGUUGCAGGAUCCAAAGGUCAUGGAAAAUUUAAGCUGUUUUAAAUAGGUAUAGACCCAGAAUACCUAUCCCCAAAAGAAACAAUUAAUUCCAUUUUUUUAAAAAAAUACAGGUGCUUUUUGAUGGUUUUGGUCAACUGAUCAUUUAAAUACAAAAUUAAAUAAAGUUGUAAAACUCUCAAAAAAAAUUAUUUAUAGAUCAAUAUCAGGUGUUAUGAUUUGAGAUAAGGUUAUUUACAAAAUAAAAAUGAGAAAGUCUUUUAUGUGAAAGGGGAUUGUUUCAUUCCUAGAAAAUGUCAUGCAACUGGACCAUCUGCUGAAAUUCGGCCUGCCAAAAUGUAAAUAUAGCUUCUGCUUGAUCAGAACAAGCAUUUUCCUAGUAGCUAGGUAGAUGCCAUGGAGAAGCUGACAAACAUGGUGAAAUACUAAUAAGCUGUUUCCUGUGUUCAUAUCUGAUGCUGCCCCCCCCCUCGUUUUAUGUGUUCUGUGAAAUAAGUAUUUCUUUAUUCAUUUUGGACUCCUUGUGAAUGGUGAUGUAUUAAGACUAUUAAUAUGUGAAUGUUUCCUCUAAAGUAAUCUUUAUGUUCAGUGGGUUCUUUCUCAGUGGUAUAUUUGCCUACUGUGCUAUAGACUGUGUUACCAAACACAAAUGUCUGUGGUUGAUAUAAAUCAAAAAUUUACCAACCAAAUGUACUAAUAUGUUAUUGCAAAACAAACACUAUUAAGCUAUAAUGUGAUAGCCUGGUUGAUAUAGGAAUACUGAUUCAUGCUUAGCCACUGUAAUCUAAAACACAUAUAAUAUGCUUUGAAACUUUGUGUAAAUAUACCCAUAGCUUUUAAAGGAACUUUCUCUCAGGUGAUCUUAGAUGCUACUUCAUGAUGCAAAAAAAGCAGCUCUAUGUAUCAGUUGAUAUAGCAAUUACUCUUUUUUACUACUGAUUUUUUUAAAUCUUAGUUUUUGUUCAUGUAAUUUAAUUGUACUUGACAUAAUUCUCAGGAAUAUAGGUUUGGGAGCUUCAAGUGCUGUAAGAAAAAAAUAAUAAAAAAUAAGUACUUAGGCUUUUAUACUAGAAAGCCACUAAUGUUCCUCUAACAAAGGACAUAUACCAUAAUAUUAUCACAAUUUGGGCACAAUAUGCAUCUGAAUCAGAUAUGGAGGUAGGAAGUAGAAAUAUUAAUUUUUAAAUACUUUUUCAGACACUAUCAAGGAGAUAUUUAAUAAAGUACUGAGUUUGAAAUAAUGUGAAAGCAGUAUAUACACAUACACAAAUCUAAGCAUCCCUAUCUGUGUUGGGUUACCUUUUUAAGGGAAAUCAAUUUAAGACUACAGAAUUACAUAUACUGAGAAUAACACUUAUUUCAGUUUUCUAAGACUGUUGACCAGUUUUUGUCUUUUCCUUUUGCAAAAGAAAGGAAAAAAGGGUGGGGGGCAGAGGCAGGAAAAUAAUAUCUGAAUCAGUUUGCAAUUCCUCUUUUACUGAGGGAAUAGACUGAAUUAUAUUUUCCCCCACCUUUUACUGACUGCAAGUUUUUUCAGUCACCAGAAAGACUGAAGGAUUAAGAAAAUGAUUAAAUUUCAGGUACCACCCAACUGGUAGGACUGAAACUCACAAAGACAAGUUCUGAUAAGAAAUCUUUACUGGAGAAAAGGUAGGAACUCAUAAAAAAAAUCUAGCAACGUCUGCCUUUUGUAAGUUGCAUGUGUGGCAACUGUAUUCAAGCCCUUUUCUGACCUUUUCUCCUUACCUUACUUAAUGGAUUCCACCUCCACCCCCUUCCCUUUGCACAGACAAUUAUUUUCCAUCUGUGCCUUGAUUUUGCUCAGAUUGUUUUUUUCUGACUGUGAGUGCUAAUUUCAAAGGCACAAAGUCUUCAAUCUUGAAAGAAAGCAGGCCACAGAAAGCAUUAGUUUUCAAUGGGCUUCUGUGUCUGAACCUGCUUUUGGGGAAAAAAGUACAAAAAGAAACAGAUCUGGCUUGCAGAAGGAUGGUGACUUAGAAGGCCACAAUUAUGUACCUUGCAGUCUUAUAGUAACCAUAACUACUGCAGGAGCAGAAAAGGGCUUAAGGCAUUGGAGUACUAUUGAUGACAAAUUGUUCUGGAGUGCUAGCAAGCCUGCCAAAAAGCAAACCUGCCAGCUUGUGUGGCAACCAGUUGAGAAGUAGAAGAACAAUUAAUGCAGAAGGAUGCCAGUAUUGGGUAACUGGACUGCAUUUCCAGCAAAUCUUCCCAGAUAACCCAAGUUAGAAUUCCUUGUAGGGCGUAGAAUUAACAGAUGACUUUCAUCAAUAGUCUACAGAGGGAUGCUUGAAUAAAAUCUUGCUUACUUCAUCUGAAUGAUCCAAAAUCCUAGUGGGAACAAACAGUAUGAAAAACAUUGAAAGUAAAAGCAAAGUCAUGUACAACAAAGUUUCUUAACUUUGGCCACUUCAAGUUAUGUAGACUUCAACUUCCAUGCUGGCUGGGAAAUUUUGGGACUUGGAGUCCAUACAUGUUGCCAAGGUGUUCUGAUAUUUUCUUUCAGAUAAGCAUGCAAAGUAAUUUCUUAACAGAAAAAAAAAUCAAAUGACAACUAAGAUAACACUUUAAUGAGUAAAAACAAAAAUAUACAUAUUUACUGCAUUAAAAAUACAGAAAAUUCAUGCUGCCAACUUUUCUAGGUAUCUUUCUAAGUAUCAUGCUUUCCUAUUCUGAUUUUUUUAGUAAUGUUAAAGUUUAUAUUUCUAUGGGAAAGGGAUUAACCAGAUAAAGACUAUUUUGAAAAUUGUUAAAUCAGCUAAAAAAUCUGAAGGCAAAUAUUUUAAAGAUGUAAGCAUAGCGCUUUCCUUGGAGCAAACCCGGAAGAACAAUGGGAUUUAGCUUACAUAAAAUUGCAUUAUCAAGAAAUCAGUUAACUCAAUAAUGAUGAGCUUAAGAUGUUAUACUGUAUUUUUUUUAUUUGUCUUUUGCAGUUCUACUAUGCAAUUUGCAUUUUUAUAAAAGUUACAGAAAUAUUAAAAACUUAACAUAUAAUAAAGUGUUAAUAAUAUAAAACCUUUUAAUAAAUGUCUUUUAUUCAGUAUGUUUUUGAUUAUAUUCAUACAGUAUUGAAUAUCUUCCAAUUAGAUAAGCAAAGAACUUUGAAUUCUUCCAUGUAUGCUUCUCACUUCGCAAUUGCCCUAAAUGGCUAUUGUCAUUUGUUCAGCAUUCAAGUUCCUAUGUGUGCAGUACAUUCCUAUGUAAUAUGUGUGUGUGUAAAAUAAAGUUUGAAAGUCAUUCAA